AGUUGUAAACAACAAAAUUGUCAAUUUUUCUUUUUACAAACACACCAAAAUGCCCGUCAAAGGUGCCCAAGGUAGUGGUGGUGGACGUGGCAAGGGGAAGUUCAAGAACAUUGCUAAGCUGGCCGAAGAAUUAACAAAAAAUCCACUGCUUCAUUUCAACAAGAAGGAAUGUGAAUGCUUGCUGAACAUGAUGAAAUUCAAACUUGACCGUGCCAAGUUCAGAGAAAUUCUCAGCCACACAUUUGGUAUGACGGAUGACGUUCUUAUGGACAGAGUAUUCAGAGCAUUUGAUAAAGAUUCCGACAGCUACGUGAGUCCUGAGGAAUGGGUCAGAGGUGCCUCCAUUUUUCUAAAGGGAAAUCAAGAGGAGCAAAUUCAAUUUUGUUUUGAAGUGUAUGAUAUGAAUGGAGAUGGAUACAUAUCUCGGGAGGAGAUGUUUCAGCUACUCAAACACUCACUUGUCAAGCCAUCAGCUGAAGAAGACCCUGAUGAGAAUGUUAAAGAUCUGCUAGAAUUGACUCUAAAACGUAUGGAUUAUGACCAUGACAGCCGAUUAUCCCUUGCUGAUUUCAAACAGGCCAUCGAAUCAGAAAAUCUUUUAUUGGAAGUCCUUGGACAAUGUUUACCGGAGCCCUCACGGGUCCAAGCGUUCCUCACUCUGGUCGCGCAAGAUUCAGACACGAUGCACUUUGGAAAAUAAUCUGAUCAACAUCUUGCAAAUAUCUGUGAUUAAAGACUUUUCCAUUAAGGGUCAUUUGUUGAUUUAAUGAUACAAUUUCUGAACCUGAAUAGACAAUGUCACAUCUCUUUUACUUAUUUUGUCACUAAAGUGCAUGUUUUUUUCAUUGUGUAUUCGGCAAUUGUAUCUUUUUUUAAAGACAGGGAGUUGUAACUCCAUCAGUAAAGUAUGUGAGGUAAUGCAACAGUCAUUUCCGUCCAUAUUCAUUUUCUGGGAAUUUCUUUUUGGAUCAAUCCGCUUUAUUCUUGGUCUAGAGAAAAUGAUUAACAUUUCCCGACCAAUUUUUGAUAUCAUUGUCUAAAAGUAUCCUUUUCGGGUUUCAUCAUUGGUUGAUGUGAGAUUUCUCAAACCCUACAGACUGUUGAAAGAAACUGAUAAAAUGUUGUGUAAAUGUACAUAAUGUAUAAUUAUGACAAAUAAAUAGGUUUUUAUUUCAA